ACACACACCCAUCCGGAAGUCCCCCUGUUACGGCUCCAGGUUCGAUUCCCUCCCAGGUCCCGACGACCCGAACCCCGAGAGACGGCCGAUGCCCGGCGGAGUGGAGCCGGCGAAGAGGAGGCGACACAUCACCCCCCAGGUGAGAGCAGCAGGGCGGCGGGUGGUGGUCCUCUCAGAGAGCGGCGCUGUUCCCCAUCGGAGCUAAAGCUAAUGCUAACGUCUGGAAACACGGAAGAGCGGAAGUAGUUGACGCGAAGAAACUGCGUCAGAUCUCCGGGCAGCGCGAGGAGACGAGCACCGUGGAGUCCGUGUCCGUGUCAAGCUCCGAUGCGAACGGGUGCCAUGAGCAGCGAGCUGAAUGUGCCUAUGGGCUCCCCGGCCCCAGGGGUCUUGGAGCAGCCUCCUGAUGGCGGAGGGAUGGACUACAGGGACUGGGUGCGGCGCAGCUACCUGGAGCUGGUCAGCUCCAACCACCACUCGGUGCAGGCCCUGUCCUGGAGGAAGCUCUACCUGAGCCGGGCCAAGCUGAAGGCCUCCAGCAGGACGUCCGCUCUGCUCUCCGGCUUCGCUAUGGUGGCCAUGGUGGAGGUGCAGCUGGAGAUGCAGUACAAUUACCCUCGCGUGCUUCUCAUCGCCUUCAGCGUGUGCACCACCGUGCUGGUGGCGGUGCACCUCUUCGCUCUGCUGAUCAGCACCUGCAUCCUGCCCAACGUGGAGGCCGUCAGCAACAUCCACAACCUCAACUCCGUCAGCGAGUCGCCCCACGAGCGCAUGCACUACUACAUCGAGCUGGCCUGGGGUUUCUCCACGGCCCUGGGCAUCUUGCUGUUCCUUACGGAGGUGGUGCUCCUCUGCUGGAUCAAGUUCCUGCCCAUAAAAUCUUGCGGGGACAUCAACAACAGCACGGCGGAGGCCACAACAAAGGCCUCGUGCAAGCAGGUGCAAUACAGUGGCUGGGAUGCGGCGCUGGCCUCCACCAUCAUCAUGGUACCGGUGGGGGUGAUUUUUGUGGUGUUUACCAUCCACUUCUAUCGCUCUCUGGUGCGCCACAAGACAGAACGGCACCACGAGGAGAUAGAGGAACUGCACAAGAUUAAGAUACAGCUGGACGGCCAUGAGCGAUCCCUCCAGACUGUGUGAUGACCUCACAGCAGCUUUAAGAACUUCCACUUGUAUCUUAUUUUUAUCUAAACCCCUCUCACUGCUCUGACUCCUGUCCUGGUCGUUGAUAUUGCCUUGCUCAGACUCGGAGGCUUUAACGCUCCCCUCUUUGCGAUUCAAAUGGCUGUUACAUGUCAGACCGCUAACUUAUUCUUAAGGUCAAUUUCUGUCGUAGGUUUCGUGCCGUUAGCUCGUCUGUUUGAGAUGUGUCGUCUGUGUCGGUCAAAUACUACCGUUAAAAAAGGUUUACAGCAAAAGGGCUAUUAGGUUCUAUGUGCCAUGUUGUUUUUGUCGUGUUUGCGUGGAAGCGUCGUGUGAUGAUCGGUUUCAUUCAGGGUCUGGUUCUCCAUCGGCAAAAUAUCCGGAUUCACUCUGUAAUCCCUUUUAUUGAAUUGAUUUUCUCCUCACUUCUUAUUAGAGAACAUUUAAGAUGCAGCUAAACUAAUUCACAUUUACGUCAUAAGCAAGUUGCCACAACCACAGAACAUUACUUAGUUAUUGUUUGAUUAUUUUUGCUGGUGUCUGUGCUCUGCCAAAGAUUAUAUGUAGACAAUGAAUGAAUUGCCGUUUUACUUAAAUCAACAGAGCGGCGUGAAUCUCUUUAAAUUCACAUGACAUCAAUAAUUUACACUGAUUAAAUUAAUAACUAUGAGCCAGGAUCAGCAUUGGAGCAAGAUGAAAAAUAAGACGUGCCAAAGUUAAGUUUUUACAAGUUAAGCAUGUAUUAAUAUUCAUUCAUCCUCUUAAAUAUGUUUUUUUACUCUUACUCAUAAAUGUGGUUUUUCACAAAUGUUGAAAAGUUGAAAGGAUUCGACAAGGGAUUCAAAAGAGAUUCUGAUUUCUUAGGAUUUAUAUUCAACGAGCAAAAAAACAAAUCAGAAUCUCUAUUUUGGAAGAAUGAUGGGUUGAUUGAACAAGUUAACACUUUCUGCAUCAUGUGUUUCAAGUUUCGUGGAAAUCUGUUUCUUGGUUUUGGCUCACAAACAAACGGCCAGGGUUAAAAACGUAACCUCAACCAAACGCCAGUAACCACGGCCUUCCCCCGUUCUCACUCAGUCUCAGUCUCACGCUUCACUGAGCUCGUUUGAACUGUAAAAUGUCGAGUCUUAAAGUGUCGCGUUAAUGUAAAAUUGCAAAGACGUUGUCACUGUUUGUUUUUAUGUCCAAAAAAACAAAAAACUCAUGCAAGCCUCGGACCUUUUUUUAUCGUUUUCUUCCGUCAAAGAGCUUUUUAUACAGAUCCCGGGUCAAACCCGUCAAUUCAACAAAGUGAUGCUGCUCAAGCUGCUUCAAUAUGAAUGUGCUACUGUCCAAAUACAGCGCUGCCUUACAGAACGAUGCCUUUUUAUGAGCGUGUAAGGUUUCAACACAAGCAGAUCUUUUGUUUCUGUUGUCUGGAAAUGUGCAAACGUCACAAUGGAAAUGAGUGAAGGGAGUGAGAGCUCACGUUGUGAUCAGCUUGACCUCGUGACCUCUGUUUCGAUCUUCCCUUAAGUUUGUGUUGACUGAGAGAAGCAGGAGAUGGUUUGUUGGACGAGGCCGGACUAUGUUACUGUGUUUUUUGUUUUUUUUUGAUUUAUAUUAUUAAAAAGGAAAACGUUAUUACAACCUGUUUAUCACAUUCCAAAAUAUGAUGACUGACCAAAGUGACGCUCGGUUGUUUGUUUCCCGCUUCUCCGAAGAGAUGGAAAAAGAAAGUGCACUUGUAGUUGUUGCAGCAAAAUGACUUUGUCUGGUGUUUGUGGAUUCGUGCUUCUUAAAUGGAAAGUGUGGAGCUCAUUGAGAUGAUGAAAAUCACAGCCUGCAACAGAACUUCAAACAUUAAAAUGUGUAUAUAUGCUAAA